CACCGAGUAACAGAAAAAAAUUGUAUGAACCAUAUGAUUUCCCCUGUAUGAACUGAUCAGUAAAGAUGUCAGCAAAAACAAGUAAAGUCUCCAAGAAACAAGAGCUUUCAGAAAAGGUACAAGAAAUACAGAAAAGACAACAAAACUGGUUAAAACAAAGAAAUGAUCACAAAAAGAAGCAUACUUCAGUCAAUCCAGAUACAAAAACAUCUACAGCAUCUUGUCCAGAUAAAACUACAAAUUCAACAUUGUCAGAAAGUAGUAAAAGGAACAAAUAUAAUACUGAAUACAGUGUGGAAAAGACAACAACUAUUCAAUCAAAAGAUAAAUUUCAAUCAUGGAUGGAGACCAGAGAAAAUGCUGAAAAGUUAAUGGAAACUAAAAAUAACGCAUCUGAUGAACCUGAUGUUUUAAAAAUAUCCAGUACCAGGGCACCUGGAUAUGCUACUCCAGAUCCAGAUUGGGAUCCUUUAGCCCAUUAUAGUAGUCAUGGCAGGAUUCAUGGACAAAGCAACCAUGGAAUAGAUGCAGCAAAGAGUAUCAUGUCACAUCAAGAUUUUGAUGAUAUGGCUAACAAAAUUGUUGCUCGUGUAAAAAAUGAACUAGACAUUCCUUACAAAUCUCACAGUAAAGUGUCAGAUAAUUUUUCAGAAUACAAAAAAUCCAGAGAGAGUUGUGACAGAACUAAACGAGAUCAGGAACAGAAUGAUUUGAUAGCCAGUCACUUCUGUGUAGAAUGUAAGACAUUAAUGAUGUCAUCAGAACAUGUGCCAAUGAUCUUAACACCAUGUGCUCAUAGCAUGUGUCAGUCAUGCUGUCAGGGGAGAUCACUCUGUCCACAGUGUGCUUGUACAAUCUUAUCAAAGACAUGUAAUAUAAUGUUAUUACAAAUUAUACAGAAUCACCAUAAAUCAAGGGAGAAAACUGCAGAAAAUCAACAGAGACAGACAUAUUCUCCUGAUAACUAUAGAGAAAAAGCCAAAACAAAACAACAGCAUCUUGAUGAGUACGAAAAUCUUCAGACCAGACAAGAAGUUCUUCGCAUUGAAUCAAGGGAAAUUCAAGGUCAUAUGAGUAAAUUAGCAAAUAAAAUUGAACAGCAGAGACAGCAACAGCAAAACAUUGAAAGAGAGGAGAAAAAAGUGAGAGACAAAAUUCAGAGCUUAAAAGAAAAAUUAGUAGAACUAGAAAGUCAUAAAAAAGGUUAUGAUAGAGAAAUUGAUGAUAUAGAAUUGGAGAGAACAAAAGAUAAAAACAAAUUAAAUAUGGUGCAGGACACUCUGUCAUCUAUAGAAAUAGAAAUGGAGAAAUUGAGAAUCCAGAUAGAUGGACGGUGACAGAAAGAAAUAGUUUGAAGAAAGUAACAAAGAUUUUAUAAAGGAAAUAUUAU